UUCCAGUACCAGACCUCAAGUAAAUCAUUUAAUACAUCAACAUGUCACCAAUCAAUAAACUAUUUCUUUUUAUAUUGGGUCUGGCGGCUUUACUGUAUAUUCUACUAUUCAUUUUUCAAAGCCUUUUUACAAGAAAGAACAUCAUGUCAGAAACAUCCAUGUCAACAUACAGAAAAGAACACUUGCUUCAUCAUGGCUUAUACGACGUCCACUUCUCACAAGCGACGAAAGAAGAAUUCUGGGACGAUGGUCCGAUAGAUAUCUAUGAAGCUUUUGCUCAACAUUCCUACAAGACUUUAGAGACGUGUAACAAUUCGUGUGAGGUUAACCUAACUAUAUGUGAUACCAGUACUCUAGAGUCCGUAAGAGAUGUAAUAAGCAGAGGUGUUUUACCUUUGAAACCUUUUCUCGAGAGGGGGCAGUAUGUGUAUGAGUGGGAGAGGAAAUAUUUGAGUUAUCCCCCUUUGAACGAUACUAGAACGCUGCCAGAUUUGAAGUUGUCUAAAGUGACAGUUGAAAACACAAGACAAGGUGUGGUCAGGUGUAAGAUACUUGAAACUGUACACGGUAGUCUGGAUGUCGUGGAUGGGUACGGGCGUCAGAGAACCAAGGGAGACGAUGUGGUCAGGGUGUGGAUGAAGGGAGGUAAUAAUUCGGAUUACGCUGUUGUUGGUAACGUCACAGAUUUACAAAAUGGCAGCUAUACCUUCUCUGUCAAAUGUUUGUGGGCUGGUAGCUCUAAGCUGAAUGUGGCCAUCUCCUACCCCCGGGAGUUUAUCAGGAUCGUUAUCCACCAGAUACACCUUGGCGUGAGCAGGUACAUGGCGGCAGAUUUCCUAAAAGGUGGCAUACGGGAGCGCACCAUCUGUUUCCAUACCCCAAAUAUACCAGGCUGGGAGUGUAUCUGUAAUUUUAGCAAGAUUGGUUAUGAGAAUUUCUACUGUGGUAGACCGAGGAAUCCACAACUGAAUUGUGGCGAUUGGCUAAAUGAAUACUCUUUGAACCUCGCUCCACCUCAUGAUGUGACAGAAGCCGAGAGUUCGUUAGUCGCUUCAAUUAGUGGAACUCCAGCACAGAGGGAAGUGUCUCAGGACAUACAAAUAGUCACUGAAAAUAAGGGCAAACUUCCUCAACUACAGCCUUGUCGUAAGUCUAAUAAAAGAAUCACGUGGGCCAGAGAUAACCCAAAAGGCUUCUGGACUUCCGGAAACAACUGGAACUCUCUUAUUUGUAAAGAACAAGGAACGAUCACAUCAGCAUGGGCACGGAACUGUCUCCGGAACACGUCCGUCUGGAUCUUCGGUGACUCCAACGCUGGACGAUCGUACACAAUGCUAGUUGGUAUAGUGGCGUGUGAUCCGAUGGUUGGGGAAUACCCGGAAAAAUCCGUAUGCUAUGAUAAGUCAAUUGAUCUCACCAUUACGCUCAUCUCUCACGAACCGCCAAAGUAUGCACUCACAAAAAGAGUGGACAACUUCACUGGAGUCCCAGACUUUAUCCAAACCUUGCCAAGAAACAAAAAACUCGUUCUGAUCAUCCAUUACUAUCUCCACUACACCGCCGCCCAUCUUAGUGUCUUAUCCUUACGCAUGAGAAAACUCAGGGAUGCCAUCGAGAAAAUGCUGGAGACGAACCCGAAUGUUCUAGUCGGUCUCAGAAUUCCUCACGUGACUUCUAAGUACUACACAACCAACCACGCCGUGGGCGGAGACCCUCUGGGCCCCCAGUACAUCGAGCUGAUAAGGGAAAGGUUCAGAGGUCUAGAGGAUAAAAUCGUGUUCUUGGAUUUGUGGGAGAUGUCCAUUGGAAUAGAAAAUGUUGAUUAUCAUCCACCACAGUAUAUCAAUCGUGAAAUGAUCAAGUUUUUGCUAUCUUUCCAAUGUUAG